AAUCAGGCUCCCGCGUCAUUUCCUUCUCCAGGCGGCGGCUGGCUUGCUGCUAUUUUGCUAACUACAGUUGACGAGUCCGUCAGCGGAGAAGCUCGCGCUACGGGGAGCGAGGGUUUCUCGGUCGCGCGCCAGGGACCGUGCAUUUAUUUGGCCUCCAGGGGCGGGGCCGGGAUCGGGACGGCAGCUUCACGCUUGUUACCCUCGGCUGACGCCGCUCGAGGACCAGCCCUGAAGAGCCGAGCGGCACCUGGUCAAGCCGGGCCCUCGAACGGAAAAAGCCGGAGAAACCUGCUGCUGAAACUGAGGGCCGAGGGGAGAGUCACCCGGCAACGAUUAAUAGCUGAGAUACUGAUCAAGUUCUGUCCAUCUUCAAUGAGGAACUACAGGCUGAUCUUCUGCCAUAACCUUAAGCAACCAUAAAUGACAAAAGAAUGCUUGGUCAGUAAAGGUAGCUGGCAUAGAAAGUAUUUUGUGAACAUAGGUGUUUAAGUGCUGUGAGAAAGACACUUUGACAUUGGGCUGCAUAAAGAUAUGAGGAAGAGCUCCUCCCCUUCUUUGAGUAAUUGCAACUCUGUUCUUACUAAUAAAAUAUUUGGAAUUCCACUUGAUGAACUGCAGCAGGAAGGGCAACCAGGCAGUGAAGUUCCAUUCAUAGUCCGCCAUGUUGUGGACUAUAUUGAGGAACAUGGAGGUCUAGAGCAAGAAGGACUUUUUCAAGUCAAUGGGAAUGCAGAAACAGUGGAGUGGCUUCGGCAAAGAUAUGAUAAUGGAGAAGAUGUGGACCUGGUUAAAGAAGCAGAUGUACCUUCUGCUAUUAGUCUUCUUAGAUAUUUUCUUCAAGCACUUCCAGAACCAGUUAUUCCUGGCACUCUUCAUAUGCAUUUAAUACAACUGCCUCAAGAUUAUAAUGAAGAUGAAUUUGGAAGAAAAUUAAGAUUCCUCUUGCAACAACUUCCGCCUGUGAAUUACAGUUUAUUAAAGUUUCUGUGUAGAUUUUUAGCUAAUGUAGCAUCACAUCAUGAAGAGAUUUGGUCUGCAACUUCAUUGGCUGCAGUUUUUGGUCCUGAUGUCUUUCACAUUUACACAGAUGUGGAGGAUCUGAAAGAGCAAGAACUUGUGAGCAGAAUAAUGGCAGGACUGCUAGAGAAUUAUGAUGAACUCUUUGAAAAUGAAGAGGAAGAUUUCUCAUCUAAUGAUUUAAGUUCAGUAACUGAGCAGAUAAAUGAUUUGUUGGACGAAGAUGAUAUAAAGCUUGAGCAGUCUGAAGAACUGCCAGAAGAAGAGGAAGAUGAAGAAAACACAGAGGAUCCAAAAUAUAGGGAAGGUACAGAGCCUCAAGAUAUGAUGGAGAGCAUCCUGGAGUCAUGUAAUGUUUCAGCCUCAACAAGUGCUCAUCUCUCCCCCUUAAGUAUCUUGCCAGCUUCUGCAGAUAUCUUGGAAAGAACAAUUAGAGCAGCUGUAGAACAACAUCUCUUUGAUCUGCAGAGCAGCAUAGAUCAAGAUCUCAAGAAUUUACAGCACCAAGUGGUGUGUCAUGAAGGAGAUAUUGAGGAAAAUGAAAAAGGAUCUAACAACCGGGAUGAUACUGAAAAGAAUAUUACUAAAGAUUAUGAGAAUCUUGGAGACUGCUCUGAAACAGUGAAUUGCACUAAAUUAGACAGUGAAAUUGUACAACCUGUGUCUGAGGAAAAAGAAAAUUAUCAGGCUGCAGGCGUAUUGUUGAAGCCAUGUGAUGAUGGAGGUGAAGAUAAAGAAUCCUUUGGAAAUAAGCAAGAUUGUAUAUCGUUUGAUGAUGCUAGCAAAAUGACAACACACAUGAUUCUGGAUUGUGUUAGCAACAUUUCUGAUCAAAAUAUGAAAAAUGAAUCAGAGGAAUUGAAAAACAAAAACAACAAUGCUCCUGAAGCAACACUGUGUGCCUCUUUACCACAUCUUGAUUUGAAGAACGUGAAUGGUGGUGACAAAUGGGAAGCGCCAUGCCCUAUCACUUUUCCCCUCAUUGAUUUCAAAACAAUGCAUCUACAGAGAGAAGGGGAGGAGCCAUUUCCUGCUUUUAAAUCUUGGCAGGAAGAUAAUGAAUCUGGAGAAGCUCAGCUUUCUCCACAAGCUGGAAGAAUGAAUCAUCCUCUGGAAUUAGAUAGUCAUCCCAUAUUAGCACACCGGAGUUUGGAUUUUGGACAAAGUCAGCGUUUCCUUCAUGAUCCAGAAAAAAUCGAUUCUUCAUCUAAAGCUCUUUCUUUUGUUAGAACUCGAAGAGCAGCAUUUGGUAGUUCUAAGGAUGAUAGAAAGGAAGAAAAGACUCCAUAUCAGCUAGUCAAAAAGUUGCAGAAAAAAAUAAGACAGUUUGAGGAGCAAUUUGAGAAAGACAAAAACUUCAAGCCUUCGUAUUCUGAUAUUGCAGCAAAUCCAAAGGUUUUAAAAUGGAUGACAGAGCUUACCAAAUUAAAAAAGCAAAUAAAAGAUGCAAAGCACAAAAGCUCAGAUGAAUUGAUACCUCAGGCACGUCCACGAAGCAACACUCUUCCAAAAAGUUUUGGUUCAUCUCUGGACCAUGAAGAUGAAGACAAUGAAGAUGACCUGCGUGUUGCUCAGAAAGAGAAGAAGCCUACAAAAGAAAUCACUGUUGAACUAAUUUUAAAAAAAUUAAAAGAAAAGCGAAUUGAAAGAUGCUUGCCAGAAGAUAUAAAAAAAAUGACAAAAGACAAUCUGGCAGAAGAAAAAACUUCACUCCAAAAAAGUCUCCUGUUCUAUGAAAGUCAGCAUGGACGUCCGGUUUCCAGAGAAGACAGGCAUAUUGUUAAACCCCUCUAUGACAGGUACAGGCUUGUGAAACAGAUGUUAACUCGAGCAAGCAUUACUCCUAUCCUUGGAUCACCAUCAACUAAAAGACGUAGUCAGAUGUUACAACCUAUCAUAGAAGGAGAAACAGCCCAUUUCUUUGAGGAAAUUAAGGAAGAGGAAGAAGAUGGUGAUAUAUCUUCAGAAUUGACUGAUAUUUUAAAAUCCACUGCCCAAAUCCACUCCAUUGCUACUAGCCCUGUUGAAAACUCAGAAUCUGAUGUUGAAGAAAGUCAAGAGAAACUAACUCGAGAGCUUCGACUUUCCAGUAUCCGAGCAGCUUCCAUGCCUGAAUUAUUAGAACAACUUUGGAAAGCCAGAGGUGAAAAAAAGAAAUUGCGCAAAACCCUACGGGAAUUUGAAGAAGGAUUUUAUCAACAAAAUGGGAGGAAUAUUCAGAAGGAGGAUCGUGGACCUAUGCUUGAUGAGUAUCGAGAGUACAAGAAAGUUAAAGCUAAACUGCGUCUUCUUGAAGUCCUUAUCAGCAAACAAGAUCCAUCAAAAUAAAUUAUGUUUCUCCAUAAAACAAAGAAUGGUUGUUUUCAUAUGCUGCCCAUAGUACUGUUAGGGGUAUUCUUUUGUCUUGCUUUGUUGAAAGAAUGCAGUUUUUUGUACACUUUAGAAGGACAGGUAGGUCCAAUCUAGAAAGUUAAUGAAAAAAAUUUAAAUUGCGACUCAAUCUGCCCAACUUUAAGAGUUGUUUUCUUUUUCUCAUUUUUUAAAAAAGUUACAAUAUAUCUUGUUCUCAAAAGACUUUUAUUCUAGAAUCAUUCAGAAAAGUUGGACCUGCUAACUUCGCUUCAUCUGCAUUUAUUAGUAUUACACUGAACUCCUCUGUUGCCUUUUUAGUAUGGAAGACAAUGGCAGCCAAUUAAGAAUACUCCUGAACACCAUAAAGGAACUGCAAUGCCUUUCAGAGGACUGCGUGGAAUAACUGAUUGCAAAUGGCAUCUUUCAUUUAGUAGAAUGAUUGAUGGAUAUUGAAAUACAAAGUACAUUCUCCGGUUUCAGAUGACAAUGGACAAACCAGAAAGUGACCUUGCUUCUUGUAUUUU